UCUCCACACCUGGGGCUUUCUGGUCCUCGGGAGGCUGCUCCCGGACAGAGUUCUCGGAGAGGGUCUGACCCUCAGGCGGCCCCCGUGAGGGGGUGAGGGUCCCCGGGAGGAGGUGAAGCCAUGUGGCAGCUGCUGCUCCCGCUGGCCCUGGGGCUGGGCGCCAUGGGCUUGGACAGGGCGGAGCUCACGGCGGCCCAGCAUCGCGGCCUGCAGGUGGCCCUCGAGGAGUUCCACAAGCAUCCGCCUGUGCAGUGGACCUUCCAAGUGACCAGCGUGGACAGUGCCAUGGACAUGCUCUUCCCGGCCGGGCAGUUUGUGAAGCUGGAGUUCAAGCUCCAGCAGACGAGCUGUCGAAAGAAGGACUGGAGGAAAGCAGACUGCAAGGUCAAGCCCAACGGGAGAAAGCGGAAAUGCCUGGCCUGCAUCAAGCUGGACUCAAAGGAUCAAGUCCUGGGCCGGAUGGUGCACUGUCCCAUACAGACGCCGGUUCAACGGGAGCUGGAGGAGGCCCAGGACACCCAGUGCAGCAGGGUGGAGCAUGCUGGCGAGGACCCCCACAGCUACUACCUCCCCGGGCAGUUCGCCUUCAUCAAAGCCUUGUCCCCCUGAGCUGAGGCCUGAAGUCACCCGGCUUCCUGGAAGGAAGGGAGGUCACAAGUGAAAGCCCGCCUCCCUUCUCUGUGCCCCGGGGAGGGGCCACCCCUGACCCCUGAGCUAAUAAAGCUGCACUCAGCUGAA